GGCGGGCAAGCUUGGAAUAGGUAAAAGCAUGCCACCGUUUUGCGAUGGACUGGUGUUGCUUGUGCUUUAGCAGGCCGUUUGAUCUCGAAGCAUACCCGCGAGCAUGCGAGGCCUUCUGGCUUGCGCUUUCGCGCUUGUGCGCUAUCCCGAUGAUGCGUCUCUGUAUGCUAUGGCCGCUGAUGCGACAGAGGGAGACCGAGAUGUUGCUGCGACGACACCUAGUCAAGCGGAUUUGGGUGUUGCUAACCGCGAUAUAGGUCAGUAUGAUAAGACGACGGGCCAGAAGAAACAAGGUGCAGAUAGCAGCCCCAUGCUGAUGCAGCAGUACACUGCUUGCGACGGCGGAUUUAUGAACACGGGCGACGUGCACUUCUGGCGCGACUUCGUGGGUCCGGUUAGGGAAUUUACGUUAGAUAGUGGUGUUGCACUGAAUGAGUCGCGGUCUUACAAUCGAUGGACACAACAAAUUAUUUCGCGUGUGGGCCUCCAAACGUUAGCGGAAGAAUGCCUUUUUGGAACUUUUACUCUGUUAUGGAACAGCAUUGCAGCGAUAGAAUACGACGCGGGACUGGCGGCGGCGCAAGAACUUUUCCAGGUGGCGAAAAUUACGAACUAAAUUUGAAAGAUGAAGAAUAAGAAUUUUUAGAGUUUGCACUUGUUCAGACAGUUGGAAAAAUACUCCUUGUCGUCGAACAACUAAUCACGGUUGUAUUAAGAUCUGCCCCAUGUUUUUCUUUGAUUCGGACUUUUUUCCUCUGUGGUCCGUGAUAUUGCGAAUAUACAACGUGAGUAAACUGUUCUCCUCCAAAAAAAGUAUGUUAGAGCAGAUCGCUGGCCAGCCAUGGUUCGGGACUGAAGUUUUUGGUCACGGUGGCGCUGACGACGAUUCGAGCUCGACUAGGAGUCCCUUACCCAGGAAUUAUUGGGACACUGCGGCAUUGGCAAGAAGCUUCCACCUCCUGGAACGGGUCUUAAUCCCACCGCGAAACGAAGAGCUAGAUAAUGCUGCAAGGAGGUCUAGAAAAGGUAGUGGAGAGAUUCUACGUCGGGACAAGGUCUUACAGACUGCAAAGAAAUGCACAAAAGCUGAGAAUGGAGUAGAAGUUCGUUCAUCUGGGUCGGACACAACAGGUCUAGAAAGCGAAACUAGUGAUGCUUGUGGCGACACUGGUGCCUUGAGCGAGCAAAGGACUUUAGAGAGGGCACAGGCACCGCCGAGUGCGCGCCUACAGCAGCCCGAGUUCGAGAAAAGUAUCCGUUUAGAGCAAGCAUUUGAAGCGAAGUUGGCUGGAGGGGGGCAGCAACUUCCUGCGCGACGGCGGGACCAACUACGAAUAUACGUCUAUGACCUUUCUACUGAAGGCCACGCAGCACUACGCCGAAAACUGCGUCUGCAAGAGAGUGUUGAUCGUGAAAGUGUAUCUUUCGGGGGCACGGCAACAGUCGACGAGAAGAGUUUAACUCCCAACGAACUCGUUCGUGAAGGACGCUAUCUGGAAGCUGUCGGGCAUGGGCUGAGCAACUGCAUGCAUGGCAUGUACGGCACAGAAAUUGCGUUUCACCGCUGGUUCCAAAACUCUCCGCAUAGAGUAUGGCACCCCGAGGGAGCCAAUCUGUUUGUUAUUCCGUCGUAUUUUAAAUGUAUCGACCAGCUGGACUGGGUGGAUGGUUUUCACGAAAAUGUGUUGGACCUAAGAAAAACGACAACUAGGCCCCCUUCUGAAACGGAAACAGGGGGAACACAAGCAGUAGAGGGAAUAGGCCAGGAAACGUUGUCCAUAGAAGAGGUUGAGACACCAGCUGCAAUCCUGAUGCGACAAAUGGUCGCUUUCAUGCGUGCAUUCGGUCCCUACUUCGAUCGCAAGCAGGGCGCGGAUCAUGUCGUUCUCUACUCCUGGGGCCGCCAUCCGUGUGCGAUUACAACGGAAUGGAGAGAAAUUUUUGGAACGCACAUUAUUCAACUGCAAGUCGAAGAUCGCUGCGAGAAUAUCGAUGCGAACACAAAAGCGUCGGAACAAUCUGCGGACCAGGAAGGAAAACACGGAAACGCGGCUCAUUCACUGGGGGAGCCGUCGUUUCUCCCACACAAGGACGUCAUGAUUCCAGGCUUCACGGAUCCUUGGAGAUCAAAAAUAUUGAAGCGACACAAUCGGCAGUUAGAAAAGAGACCCUUGCUUCUCAGUUUCCACGGUCGCAGUCCUCAGAACACCAACUCGUACCAAAACGUGACAGUUCGUGGCCGUAUCUUUUCCGACUACGACCUGCUUGAAGAAGAAUGGCAACCACUGGUUUCAAUAGGCGGCUUUAUCGAGGAUUACCACCAAAUAUUGGGGACUUCACUAUUCUGCCUGGCGCCACGCGGAACAACGCCAUGGACUAUUCACUUGUACGUAGCGCUUCUGGUUGGCUGCAUCCCAGUCAUCGUUUCAGAUUUAGUACGGCUACCAUUUGGUUCUUUCCUAGACUACGAUUCAUUUGCGAUCCGGUGGCCAGAGGAAAACUUUUCUUAUGAAACGAGUUGGAAUACAGUAGACAGUUCUGUAGAACAGAUCUCUACUAUGUACUUAUUCCACUGGGGACUGACACAGAAAAUAUUUCUCUAGCUUAAUUGCCUCUCUCCACGUCUUCAUACCUUUCUGCCAGAGCUCCUACGGUAUCUGCGAACACUGACGAAUGAGAGACCAGUACUGGUACGGCAGAUGAAGGAGCGCGUCGAUGCGACAAGUUGUUGGUUCGACUAUGACUUGUCGGACGGCCCUUGUUCGCCGUACGUUGCAGUCCUAGAAGAACUCAAGAUCCGUGUGGCGACGCUGCCGGCACAAGUUUUCUCUCAAAAACAUGGAGGCUCCUCGUGUCCCAUGCCAUCAAAAGCUCUCGCUACUGAGUACUCCGAUUUUUCCAGAGAGACCCAAGCCUGCGAAAAGCACGAUGAGCUCCAAUCGAGGAGACCCGCCAUGACGCGUUUGCGAAUUGGGUACCAGUGGUUCCAUCCUGCUUUAGACCGCGAGUUUUUCACGCUACGGCCACUGGCAGAUUUCGUUCGCCUACAUCGCCGCAGGUCGGUCGCUGUGGUGACAGACGAUUAUCAUGCUGAGGAGCUGCUGACUUUUCUACACGCAGACGGACUCUUACUCGUGGAAAAGGAUGUUGCAAGGCCCAUCUGGGAAGUGCGCAUAGUGCCGGUCGCAUUUCCAGCAGGUUUUGCUGCGGGCUACAGUGCUCGCUUCAAGGGCACGCAGGAACAGAAUUCCACUAUCAUAAGGACUGUCGCAACCACGAUUGAUGCGGUCCAGGACGAAAUAUAGCGACAUAGAUUUACAAGAACUGAUCAAGUGGUAGUGGUGAUUGAUGAGACAUUUAAAAUGGAAAUAACGCAUUUGUAGGCUCGUGCGCUUUAGACUCCGAUGAGAUGUUGAAUCCAGGCGGGAUAAUCUACGAAUUAUACACAAUCGCCUCCGUUUCGGGACAUUGCACGUACGCACUAGACUUUGUGAUUGGCGCAACGGGUUCAAAGCAAUUCAUCUUUACGUUUGUUGCAUGCUUAUAAAUUUAACGACAUCUUCCUCGCAAG